AGUGCAUCUCCUAUAAAUGCCGUCGCCAUUCCUUUUCAUCUGUCUCCUCGACGUGAGCCUUCUGCCUUAUGCCUUCUUCCUGAGGACACACAUACAAUUGACAUCACUGAGUUCUUCCACACCAAAGAGACACAACAUCAGUUGCAACAACCCCUCAAUUCAUCUGUUCAUACGUCACUAUCCGAUAUUCCUACCACUACCAUCGAUUCUACAACCAAACAUUUGAAUAAGUCUUUCCUUGACAUGACUCAGUUCUUUUCUCAGGCCAACCUUUUAGCCAGUGUUCCAUUGUCAGGGCAAGCAAAUCUUCCCGAAGGUGCUCAUGUUAUCGACGACCCAUGGUCAGCUGCUGUGAAUGAGGUAAUUUGGCAGAAAACUGCUGCUGAGUUUGUCGUUGACUCUACCGACUGCUUUCUCAUCUCCGAGUCUGCAGCUUUGGUUCACCCGGGCCGUGUAUUGGACUUCGGUGAGUAG